UGUGACGGAGGAUUAGACAAUACCAGUGGAGUCAUGCUUCACACAGCCAUAUCAUGCUGGCAGCCAUUUCUAGGUCUGGCUGUGCUGCUGAUUUUCAUGGGCUCCACCAUCGGCUGCCCGGCCCGCUGUGAGUGCUCAGCACAGAACAAGUCUGUCAGCUGUCACCGGAGGCGCCUGGCUGCCAUCCCCGAGGGCAUCCCCAUUGAGACUAAGAUCCUGGAUCUUAGCAAGAACAGGCUGAAAAGUGUCAACCCAGAGGAGUUCACAGCUUUCCCUCUGCUUGAGGAAAUAGAUCUCAGUGACAACAUCGUCGCCAAUGUGGAGCCCGGAGCAUUUAGCAAUCUGUUUAACUUGCACUCCUUGCGACUGAAAGGGAACCGUCUGAAGCUGGUACCUUUAGGGGUCUUCGCUGGGCUGUCAAAUUUAACAAAGCUAGAUAUCAGUGAGAACAAGAUUGUCAUUCUGCUGGACCACAUGUUCCAGGAUCUGCACAACCUCAAGUCACUUGAGGUUGGGGAUAAUGACCUGGUUUACAUAUCCCACAGGGCCUUUACUGGACUGCUUAGCCUGGAGCAGCUCGCUCUGGAGAAAUGCAACCUCACAGCUGUACCAACAGAAGCCCUUUCUCACCUUCACAACCUCAUCAGCCUGCAUCUGAGACAUCUCAACAUUAACCAUUUGCCUGCGUUAGCCUUUAAGAAAUUGUUCCAUCUGAAGAACCUAGAAAUAGACUAUUGGCCUAUGCUGGACAUGAUUCCAGUCAAUAGCCUGUAUGGCUUGAACCUCACCUCUCUCUCCAUCACCAAUACCAACCUGUCCACCAUACCUUAUUCUGCUCUGAAGCACCUGGUUUACCUGACCCACCUGAACCUCUCCUACAAUCCCAUCAGCAGCAUUGAGUCAGACAUGCUGGCAGAUGUCGUGCGCCUGCAGGAGCUUCACAUAGUUGGGGCCCAGUUGCGUACAAUCGAACCCCGCGCUUUCCAAGGACUUCGGUUCCUUCGUGUGCUUAAUGUGUCCCAAAACCAGUUGGAAACUCUCGAGGAGAACGUGUUCCAUUCCAUCAAAGCCCUGGAAGUCCUCUGCAUAAGCAACAACCCACUGGCUUGUGAUUGCCGUUUGCUUUGGAUAUUACAAAGGCAGCCCAUGCUGCAGUUUGGUGGCCAGCAACCGAUGUGCGCUGGCCCGGAUAGCGUCAAAGAGAGGCCAUUCAAAGACUUCCACAGCACGGCCCUUUCUUUCUACUUCACUUGCAAGAAGCCCAGAAUACGUGAUAAGAAGCUGCAGUACUUGGUUGUAGAUGAAGGGCAGACAGUACAACUCUUGUGCAAUGCAGAUGGCGACCCUCAACCAACCAUCGCCUGGCUGACACCACGACGGAGACUGGUCACCACAAAAACAAAUGGGAGAGCUACAGUGCUGGGAGAUGGCACGCUGGAGAUCCGGUUUGCCCAAGAUCAAGACAGUGGGAUCUAUGUUUGUGUGGCCAGCAACGCAGCUGGGAAUGACACCUUGUCAGCAACCCUCACCGUCAAAGGGUUUGUCUCAGAUCGUUUCCUUUAUGCCAACAGGACUCCUAUGUACAUGACGGAUUCCAAUGACACCAGUUCCAAUGGGACCAAUGUGAAUAUAUUUUCCCUGGACCUUAAGACAAUACUGGUGUCAACAGCCAUGGGCUGUUUCACAUUCCUUGGGGUGGUUUUAUUUUGUUUCUUACUACUUUUUGUGUGGAGCCGAGGGAAAGGCAAACAUAAAACCAACAUUGACCUCGAGUAUGUUCCCCGUAAAAACAACGGUGCGGUGGUGGAAGGGGAGGUCCCAGGACCACGUAGGUUCAAUAUGAAAAUGAUUUGA